CUGGGGAGACCGGAUAUAGAGAAUGCAGGGUCUAGGGAGACCGGAUAUAGUGAAUGCAGGGCCUGGGGAGACCGGAUAUAGUGAAUGUAGGGUCCUGGGAGACCAGAUAUAGUGAAUGCAGGGUCCGGGGAGACUAGAUAUAGUGAAUGCAGGGUCCGGGGGGACCAGAUAUAGUGAAUACAGGGGUCCGGGGAGACCGGAUAUAGUGAAUGCAGGGUCCGGGGAGACUAGAUAUAGUGAAUGCAGGGCCUGGGGAGACCGGAUAUAGUGAAUGCAGGGUCUGGGAGACCAGGUAUAGUGAAUGCAGGGUCCGGGGAGACCAGAUAUAGUGAAUGCAGGGUCCGCGGAGACCAGAUAUAGUGAAU